CAUCGACGGUUUCUGGUGGUCGCGCCGUUUGCUUGCUUUAUCCAUUUUCAAUGUUUAGUUUGUCUUAACGGCUAACGUUAGCUAGUUAUGUAGUCUUCUAAAUAACUUCGACAUGUACAUUUGAUGGACAAAUUAAAUUAGUGGGGUUUUCAGAGAUAUCAGGAGAAAGGUAGCUAGACAUUAAAUUCCGACUAAAUCAAGUCGAAAGACUUGUCAUUGAAAAACAGUAGGGCAAUGUGACAGCAGCCUGCCGCAUGGUCCCGGUGUUGCUUGUGGGCUCGUGCAUGCGCAUCAAAUUAGAUCAGACAGACAGUUGUCACCGUACACUAACUACAUUUGAACUGUACUGUACAUAGACUGUAAUUACAGCUAGCUAGUUGGCUAGCCAGGCAAAUUAGCAUUGUCACGUGAUCACAUAAUUGUGUUAAAUGUAACUCAUACACUGCUUCAUUAUGUUGCAUGAUAUAUAUUGCAUUAAUAUAUUUAAGUGAUAUUCAAACAAAUAUAAUUGUUCAAUUGUAAUGGGCCACGAAAGUACAUUUCUUGUAGGGUCAGCUGCCUGUCAGGUGCCUGUCAGGUGUCAAUAUGCCCACGUGCAUUUUUUUGCUUUGCAUGUCUGCCACACUUACAGUUACACGGUGGCUUUAAUUUCAGGGUCUUGAUGUCGUGCUCUUGACCUUAAGUGAAAAGAGCACUGUUUGGGUUCAAAACAAGCCCUAUCAAGAUUAGUGAGAUCACAUGGUGUUUAUAGCGCCUCAGAGCGUCACACCUUAUUUACUCGGUGUUCAGUGAGGGGGAAGAGAAGUCAGCACCAGCACAGAUGUACUAUCCAGUGUGUACAUGGGGAGGCUGGGUUGAGAGCGAAGUCUAUUGGGAACUGAAAGACAGGGGAACGCAGAGGGCAGCCCAGGGUUCCAUGUGGUCCUGGGGAACGAGGCCUGUGACCUGGACUCCAUGGUGUCAGCUCUGGCCUACGCAUACUUCCUGUCCAAGACACUUGAUUCUGGGAAAGUUCCUCUUCCCGUUCUGAACAUUCCCCGGCAAGAGUUCCCGCUGCGCACGGACAAUGCCUUCCUGCUGAGAGAGAGUGGCCUCUCCCAGGAUGACCUGGUGUUCCGGGACGAGGUGGACCUGGGGAGUCUACACCGGGCCGGCCGGCUGGACCUCACACUGGUGGACCACAACGUGCUGCCCAGCUCUGACUGUGAUCUAGAAGAGGCGGUGUUGGAGGUGAUCGACCAUCACCUCCUGGAGAGGAAGCCCUCUCCCUCCUGUCCCGUUACCGUGGAGACGGUGGGCUCCUGCUCCACCCUGGUGGCAGAACGGAUCAUCCAGAAAGCCCCUGAAGUCCUCGACCAACAGGUGGCCCAGCUCUUAUAUGGCACCAUAGUGUUAGACUGUGUGAACAUGGCCCCAGAGGCAGGGAAAGUCACCCCUAAAGACAGCCAGUACGCUGGCCUCCUGGAGACGCACUUCCCCAACCUGCCACCAAGGGGCGUCCUCUUCCAGUCCUUGCAGAAUGCUAAAUUUGACGUGUCAGGUCUUACCACAGAACAGAUGCUUCUGAAAGACAUGAAGGUGGCAUCAGAAGGAGAUUUAAAACUGGCAGUCAGUGUGAUAUAUAUGACACUGGAGGCUUUUCUACAGAGACAAAGCUUACAGCAAGAGCUCUGUGAGUUCUGCCACAAGCACAGCUACAACCUGGUGGUGGCCAUGACGAUCUCCUUCAACGAUAACAAGGAGCCCUUCAGGCAGCUGGCCGUCUACAGCUCCAGCACCCUCUACAGGGGGGAGAUGAGCCAAGCCUUGGAGCAAGCCCGGAGACCCAGUCUGAGCCUGAGUCCAAUGAGCAGCCCUUACUCAGACAUCAGGGCUUACCUCCAGGGCAACACGUUGGCCUCCAGGAAGAAGGUGCUGCCCAUCAUCAAGGACUUCCUGAGGGACAGGGAGCGAAGAGAGGUGCAUUGUGGGACCCUAGAGGAGAGUUACGAGGUACCACAGCAACGAGCGUACACUGAGGACGCUGGGAUAGAGGAGGACUCCUACUUCCCCCCCACCCCUAUGAACAGUCUGGUGGAGGGCUGUCCCCUUGACAACGGACUGCCCAAGAUCAGCGCUGAAGCUCUGACGGAGAAGUUCAGCAAGAUGGCCAGCGAAGAGGAGAACUCAGGGGGACUCUGAUGUCACUCACACUCCUGGUGGUCAGUGGAGCACCCAAGCUCACUAACCUGUAUAACAGCUGGAUGGCCAGAGUUCUCGCAACAGGAUUCAGACCAGUCAGGACAGAUUGUUUGUGACUGUGCAGGGUGUUGAGCUCGGCACAACAUUGAUCCGCUGGGACGAGGACUGGGAGGCACACUGUUCCCAAUCCAGAGGAGUAAACAAUCCACUGGCAAUCAUAUUGGACAUGAUGGAAAUGCAUUGAAAAUAUUAGACACCCGUGCUUUACGUUAGUGACACCCGUGCUUUACGUUAGUGACACCCGUGCUUUACGUUAGUGACACCCGUGCUUUACGUUAGUGACCCCUGUGCUUUAAAUGGGGGGAGGGGGUUCCCGAGUGGCGUAGCGGUCCAAGGCACUGCAUCUCAGUGCUAGAGGCGUCACUACAUACCCUGGUUUGAUUCCUGGCUGUGUCACAACUGGUCGUGAUUGGGAGUCCCAUAGGGCGGCGCACAAUUGUCCCAACGUCGUCCGGGUUAAGGUUUGGCCGGGGUAGGCCGUCAUUGUAAUAAGAAUUUGUUCUUAACUGACUUGCCUAGUUAAGUAAAGGUUAAAUAUAAAAAUAUUAGUGACACCGAUGCUUUCAUCCUUGAAUGGGAAUAAGACAUUUAAUUGGGAACUCUGUUAAUGGAAAAAUACUCCCAGUUAUGUUUCCGGGAAAUAGAUUUUGCUGUAGAUUUGAGGAAAUAGAUCCACUCUCUCUCUUCUCCCCAAGAGUGUGUGUGCAGCCUAGACUAAUGUGUAUAUGAACAUUUUUGUGAUAGAUGCCUAAACCAAUAUGUGGUCUGCUUACUAAGGCAACAGGGAUCUUGAUCCAGGAGGGCAUUGAAUGUCUCUACUGUAACCAAGAAGCUUGAUCUUGACAUCUAGGCACUGUGCCCUAUACUAAUGUGUAUAGGAAGAUCUUUGUGAUAGAUGCCUAAACCAAUAUGUGGCCCCACUUUAUUUGGAUAGUCCAGCUGUAGAUGGUCAAACUAUCUGUUGAUAAGCAAAUGCUUACUACGCUUAGGGUAAGGGUUAAUAGUUAGAGUUGGGGUUAGGGUCAGAGUUAAGUUUAGGGUUUGGUUAAGGUUGGUGUUUAGUACAUAGUUAGUUGAAAUGUGAUGUAGAGUCUGUAGAGCAUCUACAAAUGGACUGUCCAAAUGAAGUGUUACUCUGCAUGAUAUGCAGUGUUGAUUUGACAUCAUUGAUAAGCAGUUUGACGUUGAAGUAAAGUGUUUGUGUUGAAUAGUUAUUGCUAGAGAUAGCUAGGCAUGAUUCCUUAACUGUUUUAUUGAGAAUAAAUCAGUUCUGAAUGUUCUUCUGAUCCAAAACACCAUUAUAAUACUGUAUCUUCCCCAAAUGAAAGAUUUUGUAUACUGCAAAUGUAUGUAAACAUAAUGUAUUUAAGAAUGAUCUGAUUAUAUGCAAUUGUAUCGCACAAAGAUACAGUAACUUCCGUUGGAUUGUGUUAAAACACUUGGUACCAAUAAUAUUGCUGAUGUCAUGUUAAUUAGAAUAUAAUACUUUGAUCUGUUAUCUGAAACUAGGACUCCCCAGAACCAAGGUACUUCCAGGCCUGAUGUAGGCUAGUUAAAUGACUGUUUAUUUCAUCAAAUGCUCUCAACGGAUGAGAACAGUGUUUGAGAUGUAGCCAUAAUCUGCACUGAAAGGUAGAGUAGAUUUCAGUCAAGGUUAGACCAUUAGCAGAUGUUAUGAAGGACAAUCAAGUGAAAAAUAUCAGUUUGACCUUUUUAAUCAUUUGGAAACCAGCUGACUAAAGUUUUACAGUUAGAAAUGUAAUGGUUUCAACUGAAAUGUUGAAAAGGAUUUAAUAGUAUUAAAAGUUUCUUAUCCUG